AUGUUCUAUAGCCACGAGGUUCUUACCUCGCGCAAGCACGGCGUGGCAACAGUCUGGCUUGUUGCAACGUUGGGAUCAAAAUCCACCCUCAAGAAGGUCGAUCGCAAGGAGAUUUGCGCAGUUAACAUUCCCAAAGCAUGUCAGACAAUCGUGUCACCCGAAGCACCCAUGGCACUCAGACUCCAAAGCAAUUUGCUAUAUGGAGUCACACGUGUCUACGGCGAGCAAUGCAACUUCGUCCUCAAAGAUGCACAACUGGAACAAAACAAGAUCCGCACUCUGUUGCGUUCACUGCAUGCCGCUCCGACCGAACUCGAUGGCAAGCACAAAGCCAAACCUGGUCAACUUGUCCUCGCUGACGACCCAAACUUCAUCCCCGAACUAGCAUGGGACAUUGACUUCGACCCCUCUUAUGAUAUCCUGGGUUUCACCAGUGGUGAAGGCUCGUCUCCAAGAUCAAGUCUUCUAUCUCCACGUACGGCCGCCUCCAGCGGUCUGGGCUCCGAACAUAUGGACCCCAACCUGGGCCUCGUCAUCAAUCACUCAUCGUCGGUGGGAGGAGAUGGCUUUGGUCUGGGCCUCGGCGGUGCAGGUUUCGGUGGCUCUGGUCACAACAGAGGCUACAGUCGCUCACUACUCGGUGCCAAUGAAGAAGGACUCCUCCCUGAGCUAGACCUAGGCUUGGGUCUCGACUUCGACGUUGACGGCAACAUCAUCGACGAUAAUGCAGCGCCUGCAGGCGGAAGAGCAGCCUCAAUACACACGCCUGCGCCUGUCACUCGCGAUGGUGCCCUGCCAGAUUCGAACGCUGACCAAAAUGUGGUCAUGUACGACGAUGAUUCCCUUCCGAUGUACCAAGACGAUGUUGACAUGCAAGACGUCCGACCUUUUACUCCACGCACUGCCGCUCAACAAGUGGAUACUGAUGACCCAACCGCCGUACGGGGAGAAGAAGAAGAAGCACAAAGCCAGACUUCAUCCACCACCGCAUCUGCUCCUGCUGCCCGUGUUCGCGUUCCGAAACCACUACCCCAAGAUCAAGAACUCGAACUCCAUAACGCUGAUCUCCAAGCUUGGGACCGUGAGUAUCUCGACAAUCAAUGGAUGGCGACACAGCACAAGUUGCAGAACAAGAGCCUUGUCCUGGCUCGCAAGAAUGCAAACUUUUGGGUUUUGCAGAACGGUAUCGGUGGUUUGGGUACCGCGUUUCAAGGAGCAGAGGACUACAUGCCAGAGCCGUUGAGAAUGUUCAGUGGCCACGCACUCCUCCAGGCACUAACAGGUAUCCAACUUACCAUAGCAGGAACAAAGCAUCCACGAGACGUCGAUAAGAACGAUGACGAUCAAGAAAGAAGAGUCCGUUCCCGCAGCGACGACAAUGAAGUCGGCAGAGCAGCAGAAUCAAAUGACGCUGUCGUUUUCGACACUGGCUUCAUCGAUGAUACUAUACACGACACCAUCGAGCAAGGCCGUGAAGCGCCAACUCCGCUUGCAGAUCGUCACUCAUCUGCUCAUGCACUGCCCUGGAACCAUGCAGCUCCUCCCUCACGCGGAUCCUCUCACACAGGUUUCGUGCCUCCCUUCCCACUAUACGGCCCUGGCGCCGCUGGAUCCAGUUCCUCCAUUGCUAGCGGCGGUGGCUUCAACAUCGUUUCCUCACAUCGUGGACGUCUGACUGUAUCUGCUUCUCCUCUUGUCGGCAGAGGAGCGCUUCCCACCACCAAUGUCGAAGACAUGAACUUUAUGCAAAGCGACGACAACGCGCACUUCAACGACGACUUUGCCGUUUCCGACAACGCAGCAGAAAAUCCCACUCGUCCUUCUCAGGCCACAGACUUUGAUCUCUUCGGACCUGCCGCUGCUGUAUCCACUCAAGUCGCCGGUACAUCUCAGUUCCUCUCCACCGCUUUAUCCACCGAGUCUCUGAACUUUCUCGCUUUUGUCAAGGCUGGUAUUGCUGAGGCGCAAGAGAGACAAGAGACUACUAUCGAGGCCAUUGCUUCUGUGCUUGACGUAGAAGCUUCAGAGGCCAAAGAUGAGUUUGUCGAGUUUGAGGAUCUAUUGAAGCCGGAGAGCAACUCGAAAGUUGUUGCUGCGCAGGGCUUUCUGCAUGUGCUGACAUUAGUGACGAGGAGACUGUUGAGUGCUGAGCAAGAGGAGGCGUUUGGGCAGAUCGAGUUGAGAGUGCUGUGA